AUGGUGUCCGCGGGCUUCCAAAUCCUGGGUGCCGUCCUGGGCCUGAUCGGCUGGAUCGGUGCCAUCAUAGUGUGCGCGCUGCCCAUGUGGCGAGUGACGGCCUUCAUCGGCAGCAACAUCGUGACGUCACAGACGGUGUGGGAAGGCAUCUGGAUGAGCUGCGUGGUCCAGAGCACGGGCCAGAUGCAGUGCAAGGUCUAUGACUCCAUGUUGGCGCUCAGCUCUGACCUGCAGGCUGCGCGCGCCCUGGUGGUCAUCGCCAUCGUGGUGGGCAUCUUUGCCAUCCUACUGGCAGUGGCUGGAGGCAAGUGCACUAACUGCGUGGAAGACCCCGCGUCCAAGGCCAAGGUGGGCGUGGCAGCCGGCGCCACCUUCAUCGCUGCCGGUGUCCUGCUGCUCAUCCCCGUGUGCUGGACGGCCCAUAGCGUGGUCCGGGAUUUCUACAACCCAUUGGUGGUUAGCGCCCAGAAGAGGGAGCUGGGCGCCAUGACGUCCGCUGGUGUGCAGAUGCUGGCUGUCUUCCUAUGCGUCCUGGGCUUCCUUGGUGCCAUCGUGACAUGUGUGCUGCCCAUGUGGAAAGUCUCAGCCUUCAUUGGCAACAACAUUGUGACAGCGCAGGUAUUCUGGGAAGGCCUUUGGAUGAACUGCGUGAAGCAAAGCACUGGCCAGAUGCAGUGUAAGGUCUACGAUUCCAUGUUGGCGCUGCCCCAGGAUCUCCAGGCGGCCCGUGCCAUGGUGGUCAUUGCCAUCCUAUUGAUGCUGAUGGGUCUUCUGCUGGCCAGCGCGGGAGGUAAAUGCACCAACUGCGUAGAGGACGAGACCGCCAAGUCCCGGGUGGCGGCGGUGGCUGGUGUUCUGUGCUUGGUCGGCGGGAUACUGCUGCUCAUCCCAGUGUCGUGGUCUGCCCACGUGGUCAUUCGUAACUUCUACAACCCUGUGCUGGGCGAUGCGCAGAGACGGGAGCUGGGCGCCGCGCUCUUUGUCGGUUGGGGAUCGGCCGGCCUGCUGCUCAUCGGAGGGGCCCUGCUGCUGUGUCGCUGUGCAUCUCGCAAGGACGGCAGAUACUCUGUCAAAUACUCUGCGCCACGCUCUGCAGCUAGCGGGGGCGCUUAUGUUUGA